AUGAACUCAACAAAUCCAGCAAGUGUUUUAGGUUUUGGUACAUGGCAGCAGAUUGUAGACAAAUUCUUAUACUGUGCUAACUCUUCAAAGCAAACAGGAGGUUCGAAGAAAAUUACUGAAGCAAACCUUCCACCGCACACUCAUACAGGAACUACAAACACAACAGGUAGUCAUUCACAUUCAAUAACAAAAAGAGGUUAUACAAAUCUUGCAGCAGGUUCGGAUAGACAGGGAAUGCAUAGAUAUGAUAUUUCAAGUGACCCAGUAGAUUCAAGCGCAGGUAUUUUCUGUGGAACCGCAGGAAAUCAUGUCCAUACUUUCACAACAAAUCCAACAGGCUCGGGUGCAGAUUACAUGCCACCAUUUGUGACUGUAUUUGCAUGGUACCGCGUUCAAUGA